CACCGCUACACUACACAACCGUUUUUGUAGUUUACUGGAAAUUAAUGCUAAUCUUAUCAUCAUACAUUUUACAUGUGACCUUUGGCUAACUCUAACCAUCAUACAUAAGUAUUCAAGUCCUCAAAGACGAUUUCACAUAGGAGCUCUCUCAAAGGUGUAUAAUCACAUAUCAGGUUGUGACCUUUGUGUAUUAUUAGCUUAUAAAAUGGAAUCAAAGGGGAAUCACCAAUUUGGAAGCCGUGGCGAUGAGUUGAUGACAUACUCAGUCAAUCAGAUUAUGCUACUUCAUCAAUUGUUUGAGGAGUCUCACAACCCAACUGACUCUGAUAUGCUUGCAAUGAUCCGUGAUAAUUCCAUUCUCUCUAAUCUUAACUUCGAGCACAUCAAGGUUUGGUUCACAAAGAUCAGGUGUGCCAAGGAGCUAAAGAAGGAGGCUCUUAUGCUCGAUGUGCAUAUGGCUAUUAGAAUGGAACAACAACUUCUGAUGGAGAAUGACUUUCUUCAGGGUGUUGUCAAACAAUUUUAUAUAGAGAAGGAAUAUAUUCGCAACCUAAUGCGACAUGUUUCAGUUCAAUCUCUUAUUGCGCCAGAACUCCCAAGAUCUGUUGUGAAGAAUUUGAAGAUGGCCUCUACUAGAAAUCUAAUGCAGUUAGAAAAUGAAUACCUUUACUGUGAGUAUCUGAUGAUAGUAAAGGGGAAUGCGUAUGCUGGGAAGAUAAGCUUGAGCACAAUGAGAUUUCGCACGGUGACAAGAGAAAGGAUGUAUCAGCUUAUGAGGAUUGUACGUGAUUUAGUUCGCUAGUUUGCAUGGAUUCUUGGUGCAAGAAAAAUUGAAAGGUCAAGAACUGAGUUUUUUCAUUUCAGCAUUUGCAGACUUAUAUCGUAAUGGCAAGUGACCUUAAGAUGUUAUGCUAUGCUCUGUAUCUGUCUUGAGACAGAUACAGUAAUAUGCAUUCCAUUAUGUAAUAUAUUUAGAUUGUUGCACAGUAAUAUCUCAUGCAGAAGAAACUAGAAAGUCCUAUACUAUAA